AGAGCCGAAGAUGUCGGCUCGGUCAUGUGAUCAGCUGAGUCCAAUCAUAGCUGAUCACAUGGGACAUGUACACUGAUCAUCAGGGCACUGAUGAUCAGUGUGCCCUGAUGAUCAGUGUGGCCCCAGAAGUGCCAUAUAUCAGUGUGUCCAUCAGUGCCAGCUGCCAGUGCUGAACAGUGCCACAUCAAUGCCACAUAUCAGUGCCUACCAGUGCACAUCAAUGCCACAUAUCAGUGCCCAUCUGAGCUGCCUUUCAUUACCGCCCAUCAGUGCCAGUCAGUGCCGCCCAUCAGUGCCAUAUAUCAGUGCCGCCCAUCAGUGCCACCCAUCAGUGCUGCCUUUCAGUGCCCAUCAGUGAUGCGUGUCAAUGCCCAUCAGUGCCACCUACCAGUGCCUCCUCAUCAGUG